AUUUUUUAUCUAUGAGAUUUGCAAAGGCAACACUGUAGAUUCGUCGUCAAAAAAGAAAAAUGCCGCUGCAAAAAAGAAACGUAAUGAUAAAGGUUGGUUUCCUGCGUUGACAAGAGAAUUCCCGUAUUUUCUUUUAGAGUCAAGUUUAUUAUAACGAAAUGUUUGAAAUGAAUACGGCGGAGCCUAUGCAAGUGGACGUUCCCCUUGAAGAUAACGAGAACAAUGAAACGGAAUGCUAUGUUGUUGAUAACCCUACCUUGGACUUAGAGACUUAUGCUGCGUCUUACACUGGCUUUGCUAAAUUGUACAGAUUAAUGUUUGUAGCAGAUCAUUGUCCAUCAUUGAGAUUAGAAGCUCUAAAAAUGGCUAUAUCCUAUGUUAUGACCACCUAUAAUGUAAGUCUUUAUCAAACACUUCACAAAAAACUUGCUGAAGCUGUAGCAACUGUAGGUCUACCAGAUGUUGCAGUACAGAUGGGUUCACAGGAUAUUCCUGUGCUUGAUUCUAUGUGGGUAGAAUCUAAAACCAAAAAGGCUGCCAUCAAGUUGGAAAAAUUAGAUACUGACCUUAAAAAUUAUAAAACUAAUUCUAUUAAGGAGAGCAUAAGACGGGGCCAUGAUGACCUUGGUGAUCAUUACUUGGAUUGUGGAGAUCUCACUAGCGCUCUCAAAUGUUACUCUAGAGCUAGAGAUUAUUGCACAAGCGGCAAACAUAUAAUAAUGAUGUGCCUCAAUGUAGUUAAAGUUUCAGUGUAUUUGCAAAACUGGGCUCAUGUUUUGAAUUAUGUAUCAAAGGCUGAAGGAACUCCAGAUUUUAAUGAAGUUCCUGGAAAGGAUUCAAACCAAUCCAUACUAACCCGCUUAAAAUGUGCCGCCGGUUUAGCAGAGUUGGCUACCAAAAAGUAUAAAUCAGCUGCAAAACAUUUCCUAGCAGCCAGCAUUGAUCAUUGCGACUAUCCAGAAUUGCUCAGCAGUAACAAUGUAGCAGUCUAUGGUGGGCUCUGUGCAUUAGCAACAUUUGAUCGCUCCGAACUUCAAAAACAAGUUAUAGUUAGCAGUUCUUUUAAAUUAUUCUUAGAACUAGAACCACAAUUACGGGACAUAAUUUUUAAAUUUUAUGAAUCAAAGUACGCUUCUUGCUUAAGGUUACUGGACGAAAUCCGGGACAAUCUUCUGCUUGAUAUGUAUUUGGCCCCACAUUUAAAUUCUUUGUAUAUGCAAAUUCGCAACCGAGCCUUAAUUCAAUACUUCAGUCCAUAUCUCUCUGCCGAUAUGCAUCUUAUGGCAGCGGCGUUUAACCGUACAGUGAAUGCUCUGGAGGAUGAGCUUAUGCAACUAAUUCUUGAUGGACAAAUACAAGCACGUAUCGAUUCUCAUAAUAAAAUACUCUACGCCAAGGAUGUUGAUCAAAGGAGCACUACUUUUGAGAGAAGUCUAGCGAUGGGGAAAGAAUACCAGAGAAGAACGUCUAUGUUAAUCCUCCGUGCUGCUUUGCUCAAAAAUCACAUUCAUGUUAAGAUUGUUGGCCGCGAGCCUGGUCCGCAGAGUGGCGAAGCGCCCGGGUCUAGUACCAGUCUUGCAAUCCGCAGUUACGAGACAGUGCCCUUGUGAUGAAUUACUAUUUAAGAAAAAUAAACUCUAACCUUACAUGGCAGAUUAAAUGUCGGAAAGCAGUAAAAGAACAUAAUUUUACGAACUACCCUAACCUGCUGAAUCAUUUAUUUUGUCAUGUAUUUUUUUUAUUUUUUCAAAAAACACUUUUGUAUAAUGAUUAACAACUGCUUUUGGUUUUUGUUCAAUUCAAAGGUAGUUCUGUGGUCAUAAUUCCAGAUGAUAAUGAUGAUGUUGUCUAAAGAAUGUUUUGUUUGAAGUGCUGAUACAAACAUUAAUCGCAACAUUGUUUAUACAGAAUUAUUCUAUGUAACCACAAAAUAUUAUGUCUACGUAAUUUUUAAUAAUAUUAAAAAAGUGAAUUAA